GCCAUCUUGUGGCUUCAUCUAGCGAAGUGUUCGCACCAAGCCUCGUAGAAUCGGAGGAAAUCCUGCUGAAGGGGCGCCAUCAUGCCCGGACAAAUGCAAGAAGGUUUUGGCUGUGCCAUAACCAAUCGGUUCGACCAGUUAUUUGACGAUGAGUCAGAUCCAUUUGAGCUGCUUAAGCAAGCUGAAGUAAAGAAGAAGGAGGCUCCUGCUCCUGGUGCCGCCAAGACUGCAGCCCAGGCUGCCAAGCAGCCGAAAAAGGAGUCCCAAAAAGACAGAAAGGUCCCACUUACUGAUAAGAAGGAGGAGACCCAGGCCCCCGUCCCACUUAAGAAAGAUGGUGCCGGCAUGAGGAGAAUGGGCCGCAAGCCUGAGGGCGAAGGCUUCAGACCCCAGGGCGGCCAGGGAGAGGGGCGCCCCACCACAGACAGACGGCCUGUGGACAGGCGGCCCCCACGCCGCUUCGACAGGCCUGCUGGUGAUGCUGGCGAGAAGCCCGAGGGAGGUGAAUUCUCAGUUGAGAAAUCCAUUGGUGAUAGGCCGAUGAGAGGACGUGGUGGUGCCAGAGGCGGCCGUGGCGGUGGCAGAGGCCGUGGUGUUGGUCGCAACGAUGGCUUCGACUCCAGAGGAAAGCGUGAAUUUGAUAGACACAGUGGCAGUGACCGAUCUAGUAUGAAGGGUGAGGAGAAGCGUGGUGGAAGUGGAUCUCACAACUGGGGCACUGUUAAGGAUGACAUAACCGAGCUUGACCAAUCGAACGUCACUGAAGAGAACCCUGAAGGAGAGGAGCAUCCACCUGCUGACUCUGAGAACAAAAGGGAGAAUGAGGUUGAGGAAGUAAAGGAAGAAGGUCCCAAGGAGAUGACUCUGGAUGAAUGGAAGGCCAUGCAGGACAAGGAGCGGGCCAAGGUGGAGUUCAACAUCCGUAAGGCCAAUGAGGGAGCUGAUUGGAACAAAGGAUUUGUGCUGCACAAGUCCAAGGCAGAAGAUAAGAAGGAAGAAUUGAUUGACCCUGAGAUUGAGGAGUCAAAGAUCGAGGAUGAGCAUCACUUCCGGAAGCCAGCCAAUGACAUUACGUCCCAACUGGAGAUCAAUUUCGGAGACCUGGGCCGUCCAGGUCGUGGACGCGGGGGACCACGUGGUGGCCGGGGCGGUCGUGGCCGCGGCAGCGGCAGUGCACCCAGCGCUGUCCCUGGCGAAGUCACUAGGCCAGUCCGCGGAGGAAGGACUGACAAGUCAUCUGCGUCUGUGCCCAAUGUGGAUGACCCAGAGGCCUUCCCAGCCCUGGCUUAAGCCCAGGCUGCUGUCUCUCAGGCCUACAGGAGCCCCCUGAGCACCUCCACUACGAGGCUUGCAUGUUCCUGGAUCCUUCAGCAAAGUCAAAUGAUGGAGAAGACUGUCAUUAACUAUGACACUCAAAGUGAGGACUGAGUUUUACCCAAUAAAAACAAAACGAAGAUGGAAAAAAAAAAAACAGAAAUUAACACAAAAAAAAACAAAAAAAGAAAAGGACUUCUUGCUACUCUGGAGCAACUUAUUGGUAGAGGUUUUGUACUUGGAAA